AUGGACGUUGAAGGAGGUAAAUCCACACUUGCCAACCAAAACACAUCUGGUGCAAAAGUUUUGCGUUCCGCCCAAAACGCCGAGCAGCGCUUAGAGAGUGAAGAUACUUCCAGAAAGCCUUCCCGCACCCAAGCUACAACAACGGGGUCACCGGCUGCAACUUCAGGUGGGCAUGCGGAUGUUGCACCAUCCUACAUCGAUCCGGGGCUCGGACCAGGAACGCAGAAACCAAAGGGGAAAAAUUUAAAGGAAGGAGGGUUUGAUGACGAUCCAAGCCAAAAUGUAAGCUUUGGAACGGAUAUUGGCACCGAAAAAGACCCAGGCCGUCUCGCGGAAAACAAAUUUGCAGGUAAGAAUGCUGAAAACCCUCAAGAGGCAGCAUUACCUAGCGGAGGAAAGGGUAGUUCAAAGAAAGGCGAGCAGCCGUAUGGAAUAUUACAACCAGAAGAAGAAGCAUAA